CUGCGGCAUUCUAGAGAUAGCAUUAAUUCCCUAUGAUCUAUUCUUUUCAUACUAUUUGUUUUUGAUCAUAGUUGUUUCAUAGUUCUUGGUACAUGAUUAAAAAUACGUCAAUUGGACAUAUUUUUGUUAUUUUUCUUUCAAAAUUAUAGUUUUAAUCUUUAAUAUAUAGAUAUAUUCUAAACAAUCUCAUGAAACAUAGUAUAUAUUUAAUAAUAAUGAUGUAAAUAUUUUAAUAUAAAAUAUUUGGUGAAACUUAAAUAAAAAUCUGGACUGGCAACAACAGGAAUUUUAAAACAUUCCAUCAAAAGAAAUGAUAGUAUAAAGAUACGUUUAUUGAAUCUAUUUCAUUUUUGAAUCUAUUUACAAUUUUAUAAAAUAUUUUUAAAAUAUGCAAUCAAUAUUACUAAAAUUAUAUUAACAUUCUCAAAAAAUAUAUUCAUUUUUAUUAUAAAAUUGUGAUAAAUAAAGUACUCAUAAAGUUUUUAUGUAUGUGAUAUUUAUUUCACUUUAAAUAAAAAUAUUAUCUAUUAAUCAAAUAAAUGAUUAAUUGUGGAUUUUACGAUAAAAAAUAAAUAAUGUUUUUCAAUUGAAUAAAUGAAUUAAAUGAUAAAUAACUUCUGUUUAAUUAAAUAUUUUUGCGAUUGAGAUUAAUUAAUAUGAUUAUGAAAUAAAACUCUAAUAAUAUCAAAAAGAAAAUAAAAAUACCAAAAAAAAAAUGUUUAUAUAAAAUAAUAUAAUAUAAUUACUAUUUUCAAUGAUACGUUAUUAUAAAUUAUUAUUAGAAAUAUUAUUUAAUAAAAUAAAAAUAAAUCAUUAUUUAACAAAAAAAUUGAAAAUUAAAUAAAAUUAUUUUUCAAAAAUUCGUAUAUUUUUCAAGAAGAUAUAAAAUAUUUUAUAUUUUAUAAUUAAUUAUGAAAUAGUUAUUAAUAAGAGUAUUUAAUUUCAAAAACUAUUAUAUAAAUGAAAAUAAAGAAACAAAUAAUUGAUAAAUAUAUAUAUUUUUUAUCAUAGAUUUAUAUUAUUAUAAUGAAGAAGAUGAAAAAAUUUUUUAAGCUUUAAACUAUAUACAUAUGCUAAUAUAUAUGUAUAUAUAUUAUGUAAUAUUUAAAAAUAAUAUUCAUUUUAAACAUUUUAAAUCACAAUCUAGAAACAAAUCUAUAAUAUCUAAAAUAAAAAAUUUAAAUUUCUAAUCAUAAUAAAAAUAUUUUCAUAACUUUGAAUUAUAUGUCGGAAACAGUAAUCUUAUUUACAAUAAAAUACUGAUAAUGAAAAUAUGUAAUCUAAGUAAAGUAUUUAAUAUCAUUAAUUUCUUUUUUUCUCUCUCUAUUCUCUUUAUUCUUAUUUAAUUAUUUUUUUAUAAUUUUUAUUAUAAAUGAUAUGAAUUAAAUUUUUCAUUUUAAUUCAUUUCUUUAUGAAUAAAUCAUUAAAAAAUUUUUAUUGGAGAAUAAUUGAAAUAUAUAUAUGUAGAAAAAAAUGUUUAAAAGCAAAAUUUACUAAUUAUCAAGCUUUAAUUCUCUCAAUAAGUCUUUCUGCUAAAAAAAUGACAAUUCUAUCAUAAAAUCAUACUAAAAUUACAAUUUAUUUCUCUAUUAAAAAAUAAAUUUUUUUUAUGAAAUUUAACGAACGUACAUUACAUUUAACAUAUAUAUGUAUAUAUAUUAACAAUUUCAUAAAUUAAUAUUUAACAAAUUUGUUUGGUUUAUGAAUUAUUUAAAAGAUUUAAUAAAUAUAUAUAUAAUUAUUAUUAUUAAAAAUAUAAUUUAAAUAUCAAGAAGAAAAAAAAUGGUUGAAUUGAAAAAAAUAAGCAGAACAAAUAAAAACUUAAUUAAAUAAUGUAAUAGAUUUCAGUUUAAUUUUUAAUACUUAUUUGCAUAUAUGUAUAAAAAAGAUAUUAUAUUUAAAGAAAAUAUUAUUACAUAAUACUAUCAUAAAAAUAUUUAAAUUAUAUAUUAUAAUCUAUGUUUUAUAUUAUAUAAUUUUAUAUCAUAACAUAUCCUGUAGUUACAUUAAGAAUUCUUAAUUCUUAAUACUCAACUAAAGAAAGAUAAUGUUAUUAAGACUUUUAUAAAAAAUAUUUAUCACGUUUUUUCAUAAUAUUAAAUGUUUCAUUGAUAUAUAACUUUCAAUUUCAUUAAAAAAAUAAAAAAUAUUAAAAUAAAAAUUUUCAUUAAGAUAUACAAUAUGAUUAAUAAAAUUAAAUUUUUCUUUGUGCAGAAAUUUUCAUGAACAUAAAUUUCAUCAGAAAUAAUAUAAAAUAUAUUUAUAUAUAAAUUAGAAAAAUUUUUACAUAUGUAUAAAAAAAAAUACAUUAGAAUAAAAAAUAGAUAUUUUAUCAAUAAUUAAUCAAUUUAGAAUCAUUAUACGAUUAUCCAAUGACAAAUUGAUAAAAUAUAUUGUGAGUAUUUCUGGAAAUGUUAUCAUUUAUUUUUUUCCCCUUUUUUUCAAUGAUUCACUUUUAGUUAAGAUUAUAAGCGAAUCAUUACAUAUAAAAAGGCAAGUCUAUCCGUCAAUUCGCAAUUCAAAAAAACGUGAUAUAAAUACAUUGAAAACACAAAAAUACAUUUUUUCUGCAAAUAUGAAGUUAUUCAUUUUUUUUUGCUUUCUAGUGACUCUCUGUGCUGCACAAUGGCCUGGUAAUUCAUUACAGCAAGCAAGUGAAGCUGUGAAGAAAGCUAAAAAUUCAGUUCAAACUAUUCUAUCGGAUUUAAAUCGUUCUAAAUCUUCGAUAAAGAGAGAUGCAGAACAGAAAAUUUACUCAUAUCAAACUCAAUCUGCAAAUCAAAUGCUCAACAAUAGAAACUUUAUUCUUAACUAUAUUAAAGAAAAAAGAGAAGAAGCAAAUAAAUCAAACAAAAAUGCUGAUGAUUGCUUGGAUGCCGUCACAAAUAAAGUGAAUAAUGCCUAUCAAAAAGAAUACAGUAGUCUCAAUCAAUGUAAAAAUCAAGCAAUGCAAAGUAUUGAAGCAGAGUUACAAGUGCUUGAUGCUCAAGAAAUAAUUGGAAAGAACUUGUUGAAUGAAUUGGAUCGUGUUGUUCUAGAUUGUUAUAAUUCAAAUACUAUGCAAAUGGUAAAUUGCAUAUUUAUAAAAGUUGGAUAUAUCAAUCAAAAAAUUCGUCAAUAUGAACAAGAAAUUUCACAAGCAAUAAGACAAAUACAAAAUAAUCAAUUAAAAAUAUUGUCAAUGCAAGCUUCUUGUAAUUCAAAUGCUCAAUCUAGAUUACAAAGCGUAACUUCUCAAGCUAUAUAUGACACAACAGAUUGCCUCAAAGACUAAAAUUUAUUGUUUAAAAAAUUACUUAAUUUUAACUUAAACAUUUAUUAAUAUUAGAUUAAAAAUUAUUUAUCUUGUAUAAGAUAUAAUUUAUAUAUAUUUAUAUAUAAAUUAAAGCUUAAGUAUUGAAUUAUAAUAUAUUAUAUAUAAUAAACAUUCAAAAUUUUA